AUGGAAACCAACCUCCCAGGAAGUGGCCAGAGUAGUUAGUGUCGAGGUACAGAACAGGGAAGAUGUCAUGAAGGAAACACCUGCUUUGGAACAUGGGCCUGGGCCACUCCAAGGCUCACCCUCGGGUGAUCAAAGUCACACCUUUACAAAGCCAAGAAACAGAGACACCCUCAACUGGCCCUGUGUUCUUUGCAUUGAAUCGGAACCUGGAAGAAGAAAGCUCAUUCACGAGACUGCAGGACCAGAAUCGAACUCGAGAAGGACAGCUACCACCGCUUCGAGAAACUUGGUAUGGAAGACUCCCGGCAGUAUCCAGGGCCAUGUAUCUUGACAUCCCACUGAAACAUGAAGAAACAAGUAUUAUCAAAAGGCAUCCACCCCGAAGAAUUCAAAAGCUUGAACCCAUUGACCUGCCACAAGCAAUUACCUCUGAAAGGCUUCUGUGCCAUCAAGAAGGCAGAACAAAGUCCAACACAAAGGAAAAUGAGAAGAAAAUUCAACUUCCUAUGUACACUUCUGGGAAAAGACAAUAUUUGCAUAAGAUGAAAAUGCUAGAGAUGAACCAUAAAAGACAAGAGGCCCAAAUGGAGUUGAGGAAGAGUCUUCUGAGUAAGGCGAUGCUUGAUAUGCAAAAGCUGAAGGACCAUAAUGGCAAUAAAAUCGCCCAGAGCAAGCCAAGGAGCAACGGCUAUGACAUUCUCACCAUACUGCCUAAUGAAAACAUAAACAGAGAUCCAGGAAAUCCCCAAGAUGAAGAAUUCUUGGACUGUCACACAGAGAAUGACUAUUAUGUCCGGAAAAUUGGCAAAAUGGAAACAUGGCUCCGUGAACAAGAAGCCCGGGGACAGCUUUUCUGGGACAGUUCCAGCUCCGACUCUGAUGAGCUUGAGAAAGAUGAGAGGAGACCACAAGCACUGGUGAGGACCAAGACAGAGAAGAUCCCUCUUUAUGAUGACUUUUACGACAGUGCUUAAGAAAGCUAGACGCUACCCCAGGUAGUAACGGCACAGAAUGCCUUGGGCUUGUUUUCUUCCAUAAAAUCAUUCAUAUUUGCAUAUGGACUCCUCUGAGGGAUAUAAGCUAUUUUGGUAUGCAGAAAGGAUGUCAUCUGGAAUCUUGUGAUGAAUAGCCUUGUCAUGUAUGCCUUAAGUCUAUGCCUUAAAACUAAGAGGCUGAAACAGA